UCAUUUUCGCCAAAACCUCUGAGAGCAUUUCCAAAGAUGCGUGUAAUUACCAGCCCUUCCCUUCUUAUCCUCCACCACCACCACGGCGGUGCCACCACUCUCCUCCGCUCCUUCCGCCGAAACUUCUCUUUCUUCCCUCCCUCUUUCAGCAUUUCCAACCCAAAAUCCAGGGCCUACUCUACUUCUUCCACAUCCUCUGCAGAGCCGCAGCCUGGUUCACUCAUCAUUGAAAGCAAUGAGCGAACUGGCCGCUCCGGUUCACUCGCUUCGCCACUUACCCAUUUGGAUAUUACGCAGAAAAUUGACGUUAAUCCUCCCAAAGGAACUCGGGAUUUCCCCCCGGAGGACAUGAGGCUCCGCAGUUGGCUUUUUCAGAACUUCAGAGAGGUUUCACAAUUGUUCGGGUUUGAAGAGGUUGAUUUUCCAGUCCUAGAGUCAGAGGCUCUGUUUAUUAGGAAAGCUGGGGAAGAGAUUAGAGAUCAGCUUUACUGCUUUGAGGAUCGAGGAAACCGUCGAGUUGCAUUAAGGCCAGAACUUACUCCUUCUUUGGCCAGACUUGUGAUACAGAAAGGAAAAUCUGUAUCCCUUCCACUAAAAUGGUAUGCCAUUGGACAGUGCUGGCGCUAUGAACGAAUGACCAGGGGACGCCGUCGUGAACACUACCAGUGGAACAUGGAUAUUAUUGGCGUACCUGAUGUUGCAGCUGAAGCAGAGCUGAUUUCUUCAAUUGUCACCUUUUUCAAACGCAUUGGGAUCACUGCAUCAGAUGUUGGAUUUAAAGUUUCUAGCCGAAAGGUUUUGCAAGAAGUUUUGAGACGCUACUCUGUUCCAGAAAGUCUGUUUGGCAGGGUUUGCAUAAUUAUAGACAAGAUGGAAAAGAUUCCAAUAGAUGAAAUCAAGAAAGAAUUGAAGUCUGCUGAGUUAUCAGAGGAGGCUAUUGAUGAACUUUUGGAAAUUCUUUCUAUGAAGUCUUUGGCGACGUUGGAAGAGAAACUUGGGGAUUCCGUGGAAGCACUUGCUGACUUAAAGCAACUAUUUUUGCUUGCUGAAAAGUAUGGUUACUCUGAGUGGAUUCAGUUUGAUGCAUCCAUUGUCCGUGGCCUUGCUUAUUAUACUGGAAUCGUAUUUGAGGGAUUUGAUCGAGAAGGAAAACUACGAGCCAUUUGUGGAGGUGGGCGAUAUGACAGGUUACUUUCGACUUUUGGAGGCGAUGAUAUUCCAGCCUGUGGCUUUGGAUUUGGUGAUGCAGUUAUAGUAGAACUUCUCAAAGAGAGAGGACUUCUACCGGAACUUGGUCCCCAGGUAGAGAACAUUGUCUGCUCAUUGGAUCAGGAUCUCCAGGGUGCAGCUUCUGCAGUUGCUGCUAAACUCAGGGAAAAGGGACAAAGUGUUGACUUGGUUCUGGAAAAUAAACCCCUCAAAUGGGUGUUUAAAAGGGCAGCACGAAUAAAUGCUUGCAGGCUGAUAUUAGUGGGUAGCGCGGAGUGGCAGAAGGGUAUGGUUCGAGUCAAAAUUCUUUCAUCGGGCGAGCAAUAUGAGAUUAAAGUUAAUGAGCUACAAUAGCAAGGUUAAAUUAUUAUGCACAUGCAUGUACCUUUUACAUUUAUCUUGGCAUAUAAGACUAAUUCCAUUCUU